CGCGAGACUCUCUGGCCCCGGUUUCCUCUCUGCUGAGCGCUCCGGGCGUCUGGACCUCUGCGGCGGGGUGGCUGUGGGCAUUCGGAAGGAGGCCCUUGGACCCUGGCGCCGGUAGCCUCGGGUGUUCUGAGAUUUCCUUGGAUGACGACCUGCAUCUGACAGUUCCCUCGACUCUUCUCGGCUCAGCUCCCCUGGUCCUCAGCAUUUUCCUGGAAUGGACGUCACCUACCUCUCAUGGCAGCCCCGCUCCCACCACCACCUGACCCUCAGUUUGUCCUCCGAGGCACACAGUCACCUGUGAAUGCACUGCAUUUCUGUCAAGCAUCUCAGGCUCCAGGGAGCCCACUCCUCUUCUCUGGGUCUCAGAGUGGCCUGGUGCACAUCUGGAGCCUACAGACUCGGAGAGCAGUUGCCACCCUAAAUGGCCAUGGGGGCCAGAGUGUGACCUGGCUUCAGACACUGCCCCAGGGGCACCAGCUCCUCAGCCAGGGCCGGGACCUACAACUGUGCCUGUGGGACAUAGCAGAGGGCAGGAACACCAUCAUGGACUCUGUUCAGCUGGAGAAUGUGGGCUUCUGCAGAGGCUCUAUCCUGGCAGGGGGACAGCCACGCUGGAUGCUUGCUGUGCCAGGGAAGGGCAGUGAUGAGGUUCAGAUUCUGGAGAUGCCAUCCAAGACGUCAGUGUGCACCCUGAAGCCGGAGGCAGAUGCCAAGCCAGGCAUGCCCAUGUGCCUGGGGCUGUGGCAGGCUAACUCCAGUCCCCGCCCCCUCCUUCUGGCUGGCUAUGAGGAUGGAUCAGUAGCCCUGUGGGACAUCUUGGAGCGGAAGGUGUGCAGCCGCAUCGCCUGCCACGAGGAACCUGUCAUGGGCCUUGACUUCGAUUCUCAGAAGGCCAAGGGCGUCUCAGGCUCCGCAGGGAAGGCACUGGCUGUCUGGAGCCUGGACGGGCUGCAGUCCCUGCAGAUGUACAGCACUCAUGAACUCACCAAUCCUGGAAUUGCUGAGGUGGCCAUCAGACCAGACCGCAAGAUCCUAGCCACAGCAGGCUGGGACCAUCGCAUCCGUAUAUUUCACUGGCGGACAAUGAAGCCACUGGCCGUUCUGACCUUCCACAGCUCUUCUGUGCACUGUGUGGCCUUUGCUGCUGAUGGCCUGCUGGCUGCAGGAUCCAAGGACCAGCGUAUCAGCCUCUGGUCACUCUACCCAUGCUUGUGACUUGGUCACAAAAGACUGCCAUCUUACUCCAGCCUUGGCCAAGACCUGUGGAAGGUCUUUGUGGGCCUCUGAGGACUACAAAGUGUGGCCAAAGAAUUGUGGAUUCCUCACUUUCUUCAUAAGCUUCUCUGCUCCUUUUAUGGCCUGUUGUCCAGAUGACAGUGACCCUGAUGACAGACACCUGGCACCUGUGCUUGGUGAGAGGCUUGGCUUGGACUUGGCAGUGUGGCCAGCCUGAGUGUAUUUGACAAUAAAUUUCCCAUUGCUAACCUGAAA